GGAAAAACUCUGAGUCUCAAAAUGCCUAUAAGGAAGAACAAGCUGAUUUUACUACUAGGAGUGAUCUGUUUGGAACAAGGUAAAUCAGUGACUGUUUCUGUUUCCCCAGCUCCCAAUUGUGGGCAAAGUCUUGUUAAGGUACAGCCUUGGAAUAACUUUAACAUUUUCAGUCGCAUUCUUGGAGGAAGCCAAGUGGAAAAGGGUUCCUAUCCCUGGCAGGUGUCUCUGAAACAAAGACAGAAGCAUAUCUGUGGAGGAACCAUCAUCUCUCCACAGUGGGUGAUCACAGCUGCUCACUGCGUUUCAUACAGAAACACUGUGUCAACUGUGAAUGUCACUGCUGGAGAACAUGACUUGAGCCAGACAGAGCCAGAAGAGCAAACCCUCACCAUUCAAUCUGUCAUCGUACACCCACUUUUCUCCAGCAAGAAACCAAUGGACUAUGAUAUCGCCCUUCUGAAGAUGGCUGGAGCCUUCCAAUUUGGCCAGUUUGUGGGGCCCAUGUGUCUUCCAGAGCCAGGGGAGCAAUUUGAGGCUGGAUUUAUUUGUACAACAGCAGGCUGGGGCCGCUUGGGUGAAGAUGGUGUCCUCCCGCAGGUUUUGCAAGAAGUGAACCUGCCGAUUUUGACUCAUAAGGAGUGUAUGGCAGCUCUGUCAUCCCUAAAGAAGUUCCUUAGCGGAAAGACCUUUCUCUGCACAGGCUUCCCUGAAGGAGGGAGGGACGCAUGUCAGGGAGAUUCAGGAGGUUCGCUCAUGUGCCAGAAUAAGAAGGGGGCCUGGACUCUGGCUGGCGUGACUUCCUGGGGUUUGGGCUGUGGUCGAAGCUGGAGAAACAAUAUGCAUCAAAGUGAUCCAGGAUCCCCUGGGAUCUUCACAGAUCUCAGUAAAGUGCUUCCCUGGAUCCGUGAACACAUCCAGACUGGCCAUCGGAGAAAGAGCUCUAGAGCCUGGUGCAGCGAGCAGGAUGGCGUAGUCAGUGGGUCUGAGGGGCAGCUGCACUUCCCAGAAAGCCUCCAGCUGUAUUACGAGAACAAGCAACUGUGUGUCUGGACCCUGUUGCUACCAGAGGGAAUGCACGUAUUGCUCCGUUUUUCUCGCUUGGAUGUCGAGUCUUGUCACCACAAUUACCUAUCAAUAUAUUCUUUAGAAGACAGCCUCAUUGGAAGAUUUUGUGGAGAAAGCCUCCCUUCAUCCGUUCUUGUUGGCACCAGUUCUAUAAGGCUGAAGUUCAUCUCUGAUGCCACAGAUUAUGCUACUGGGUUUAAUCUCACCUAUAAAGCUCUUAAACCAAACUACCUUCCUGAUUCAGGUUGCAGUGUCAUAACUGUCCUUUUUGAAGAAGGCUUCAUACAGAGUCCUAACUAUCCUGGAAACUACAGUGACAUGGCCAGCUGUAACUGGAUUUUUCAGGCCCCCAAACAUCACCUAAUUGAGUACCUAGUACCCAGCAUCUGACACAUCAGGCUCUCAAUAAAUACUUGAAGAAUGGACGGACCAGCCUAGUUUCUCCUGCAACUACCCACUUUUACCACUAGGUGGCACCAUGUGCUCUUCACUUUUUGUUUUUAAAAGACAAGGCUGCUUCAGUCUUUGCAUUGGUGACAUUCCCAGUUCCUUCUAGAAACAAGCAUUUGUUCCUUAUUAAUUAAACUGCUAACAAAACAUGUUGUAAGUAAUGGAUAACAAAAGUCCGUGACAAUCUGGCCAAAAUCAUUAAGUCUUCCAAGCAGAGGGGACAGAGCAAGCCCAGAGGAAUCAGUACUUGCUGGUCUAAGGGAGUCCCAAGGUGUACGAGGAGGGGCGAGUGGAGGCUGAGGUCAAAGUAUGGAGGCCUUUGAAUACCCAGAUACAGAGUUUUUUCCACGUUGAAUUAGUGGUGUUUGUGGCUGUUUGUUCGUCCAUUAAACACUAGGGGCCCAUGUGCAGAGAGAUAUCAGCAGGUAGACGAAGGUAAGACCGCAGUCAGGGUGGGAUUGGAACUAGGUGUUUAUUUAUAUCUUUCUCUUAAAAUAAUAACUGAUAGCAAGACAGUGUAUGAAGGAGAGAAAGUAGAGUAGAAAAUAAAGGAGGGAGGAGGGAGGGCAGAUGGGACCUCAGAGUUAUCAUAUAUUGAAGAGGUGGAAGAGCUCUGAGAUGUAGGAGAACCAAAUUGGUGCAAUCUCUGACAGUCCAGAGAAUGGAGCCUUUAAUUCAAAACACAAAACAAAGCAAACAGAGAUGCAGCCAAUAAUUUGGAUUUACACACAAAGUUAGAAUAUAAAGAGAUGAGAAUUGAGGGUUAAUUGUCCAGUCCACUCCACCCCUCAAUAAAAAGUCAGAAUAAUGGGAUUGCAAAUUGAACAAUUGAGAGGAGUUGGGAUUGAUGAUGUCUGAAAUAUCACAUUAAGUCACAUGUUAGGAGCAGAAACAAGAUCAUGCCAGUUUUAUGAAUGAAUGGGAGAGGAAGACACAGAGGAGGGAAGUGUAGAUCUUCUCUUUUUGAGAGUUUCUCAAAUCCAGAGUUGAGGCAGCAAUUUCAGCAUAAUUAAGGGAAGAUUUGUUGUUAGUGAUGAAGAGUAAGAAUUUAGGUUAUGAGCAUAUUUCUAGGAGGAAGAUGAAGAGAAAAUGUAGUUGAAAAUCUGAAAAUAAGCAAGAAGUGAUUCAAAAACAUCUAUUCAGUAAACGUACCCUGAGAGCUGUGUAUCAGUGAAAGAUGCUCUUAUACCCCGCCAGGGACAGCUUCACUUUUCAGGACUCAUCCAAGGGGAUAAUCUGGAAAUUGGGAUUACAAAUCAUAACAAAGUGUAUAUCAUUUGACUUGGAGAGAAAAGGGCCCAUUCCCAGAAAAUAUCCAGUAAGUAUUUAAUAAAUGUGAGUGAAUCCUGUUUCUGACACAUGUCCUCCUCUCCCCAUUCCUGUAUCAAAGUGUUUGGAGAAAGGAUAGUUGGAACAAAAAAGAGAGAACAGUCAAAGGUGAGCUUGAUAUUUUACUCCUGGGUGACACAUCCAAUUCCAGUAAUGUAUGUGUUUUUUCUCCCUGGAAUGCAAGCAUUUCUCAUCAUUCCCAGGUUCUAUUAAAGUGCCCUGAACAAGGGAGACACCUAGAGAUUGCUACCUGGGCUUGAUGGUGAGGAGGAUCCACAGGUCAUAAAGAUGUGUCUCCUUGGCCCCUUCCCGGGUGGCCUCUGGCCUCUCCCCUCCCGGGAGCCACUCCCUCCUCCCCUUCUCCCCGACCCCAUUCCUGGUUUCUUUCUGGAUUGUGGGAAGCAAGGAGGCCACACCCAGCUCCUGGCCAUGGCAGGUCAGCCUGCAGACUGCCACUGAGCAUCUCUGUGGAGGGACAGUCACCCUAAAGACCUGGGUAGUAAGGCUGCCCGUGGCUUCACCAGUAAGUGCACCUGGGGAAUGGACUGGGUGGGGGCUGAUGGUUUGAGCCAGUCGAUCUUUAAUCAUUCAGCUAACACUUCUGCUGUCCAUCAGGGUCUGCAGUGAGUUACCACUCACCCCCCAUUUAUCACCCUGCUGGACAACCCAUGAGUUUCCUCGGUAGUCAGGAAAGUUCUGCUCCAAUGCACUGGGCUUCUAGUAUAUUCUAAUUAAGGAUGAGGCUGACUGUUGGAUACAGAUAUAUUUAUUUCACCCUAUCUCCCUAGGAUUUUUCAAAUCAGAAAUUAAUAUUGAGUUUUGUGAAGUAGUUUCUGGCAUCUAUUGAAAUGAUUAAAUGAUUUUUCUCCUUUGGCUUGUUAAUAUGUUAAAUCCAUACUAAAUCAAUUUCCUAAUAUUCCUGCACUCCUGAAAUGAAUCCCACUUGGACAUGGUGCAGUCAUCUUUCAGUGUACUGCUGGGUUCUGUUUACUAAUAUUUCACUUUGAUUUCUGCAUCAAUGCUCCUAAUUGAAUUGAUUUAUAGCAGAGGUUCUGAAAGUAAGGCCUGGGAGUGGGAGCCAGAUAUAUCCUGCCAGGUAGAAAGACACAGUUUCCAAGGGAUAUUACCAACUUCAGUCUUGAUUCAGGAGAACUGGAGGUUCAAGAUUAAAUGUCAGAAACAAGGUACACAGCACUAAGAUGUCCAGAGAAGCAGUUGUGUGUCCAUGUACCUGGUGUGUCCAGGAUAGCAUAACUCAAAGCCUAG